CCUCCCUGCAAGGUGGAGUCGGGUUGACGUGAGUGGAUCCACAUGGUACAGGGGCUGGAGAAUAAGUGUGGAGUUGAACUCGUGCCAUUGUAGUGACUCAUCUCGGGCAGAGCGCAGGGGCUCCGAGCAAAGCAGCGAGCAAGCGAGCGGCGCUCCGCAGGGACAGAGAGGGAGAGAGAGAGAGAGAGAGAGAGAGAGAGAGGCGCGGACCGGCGAGACGGGCCCGUCCGUGAGCGGGCGCUGGGGAAGGGGUGCAGGUCCGGACGCCGGAGCCGCGGCACGGGGAGCGGGGCCGCGUCCCUCUCGGCGCCAGCUCAGCUUGAACUCCACCGGCUGCGGGACGGGCGCAGGCUGCCUCCUCUUCCUAGUCAAGUGUCCGAGCCGCUCCGAAACUCCGGCGGCGUGUCGGCCACAGGAAGUUUAUUCUCAGCUCCUUUUCUAAAAGGAGGAAAUAGAAGUUUCUCCCAGCGGGCAGCCUUUCUUUUUGCGUUUUUUGCCCUGCCUGAAAUCGGGGGGGGCCCCAGACCUGGCAAGCGUGACUCGCCAGGCUCCUCUUCUUUUUUAAUUUCCAAUUUUUGAUUGGGCCGGCGGUCCCGGCUGGGCUCCAGCUGCGCGCGGGGGCGGGAGGGCGAGCGCAGGGGAGGGACCGAGGGACGCGCCGACUUUUUAGAGGGAGGGACUGGGUGGACAGCCGGUCCCGCCGCGCUCGUAGAGCAGGGAAGAAGUGCAGCGCGAGGCGCUCUGGGGGCACCGUUCCCCGGUGUCGCCGCCUCCCGGUCCGCGCCUGCCGCGGUCGGGGCGAAGCCCGAGAGCGGAGACCAGAGCCCAGGCGCGGCCCGCAGGCAGCGAGCGCGCAGCAGCCGGUGCGCGGCCGCGGCGAGGGCGGGGGAAGAAAAACACCCUGUUUCCUCUCGGGCCCCCACCGCGGAUCAUGUACCAGGAUUAUCCCGGGAACUUUGACACCUCGUCCCGGGGCAGCAGCGGCUCUCCUGCGCACGCCGAGUCCUACUCCAGCGGCGGCGGCGGCCAGCAGAAAUUCCGGGUAGAUAUGCCUGGCUCGGGCAGUGCCUUCAUCCCCACCAUCAACGCCAUCACAACCAGCCAGGACCUGCAGUGGAUGGUGCAGCCCACAGUGAUCACCUCCAUGUCCAACCCGUACCCUCGCUCACACCCCUACAGCCCCCUGCCUGGCCUGGCCUCUGUCCCUGGGCACAUGGCCCUCCCAAGACCUGGAGUGAUCAAGACCAUUGGCACCACCGUGGGUCGCAGGAGGAGAGAUGAACAGCUGUCUCCUGAAGAGGAAGAGAAGCGUCGAAUCCGGAGGGAGAGGAACAAGCUGGCUGCAGCCAAGUGCCGGAACCGACGCCGGGAGCUGACGGAGAAGCUGCAGGCGGAAACGGAGGACCUGGAGCAGGAAAAGUCAGAUCUGCAGAAGGAGAUCGCCGAGCUGCAGAAGGAGAAGGAGAAGCUGGAGUUCAUGCUGGUGGCCCACGGGCCCGUGUGCAAGAUCAGCCCCGAAGAGCGCCGAUCACCCCCGGCUUCCGGGCUGCAGACCCUGCGCAGUGGGGGUGGCGGAGUGGGUGCCGUGGUGGUGAAACAGGAACCCCUGGAAGAGGACAGUCCCUCGUCCUCAUCGGCGGGGCUGGACAAGGCCCAGCGCUCUGUCAUCAAGCCCAUCAGCAUCGCCGGGGGCUUCUACGGGGAAGAGCCCCUGCACACCCCCAUCGUGGUGACCUCCACGCCUGCCAUCACUCCGGGCACCUCGAACCUCGUCUUCACCUACCCCAGCGUCCUGGAGCAGGAAUCACCUGCGUCGCCCUCCGAGUCCUGCUCCAAGGCUCACCGCAGAAGCAGUAGCAGUGGGGACCAGUCAUCAGACUCCUUGAACUCCCCGACUCUGCUGGCUCUGUAACCCAGCUCCUAGGGAGUCCUCGUCACUGCCUCCUUCCCAGGGACCAGCACCUUCAAGCGCUCCAGUGUUGUGAGAGCAAGAGGGGGACCCUGUCAGAGAGCUCCCUGGCUUUAGGGGGACCUAGGUGGGAUGCAGCAGUGAGGCACUGGAGGACGUGGAUGAUCUCUUGGAAGUCAUGGGACCUCCUCCCUCAUUUAUCCUGCAGAGCAAAUCCUGUUUCUUGAAAAGCCUUGGAGAACUUGGUUUAGUGGACUCGGGCAUCUCUCUGGCUUCUGAAGAGCCUGAAGCUGGGUGGACCAUUCCAGUCCCCAUGUUACAAAAUGUCUCUGGAGUGAUGGUGUCCUUCCCCUCCCCACCAAGCGUGCUCAGUGCCUUUUGGUUUCACCUUCCCUCUAUUUGCCCCUUCCUUCCCCCAGUGUCAAUUCUACUUCCUCUCGGUUUUUAUCAAAUUUGCCAUGACAUUUCAUCUGGGUGGUCUGAAUAGUGAAGCUCUUCAUUUCUGGAGCUGGGCAGCAGGCAGCUCCUCUGCUGGGCCGACUUGUCCAGGAGACAGUCAGUGUGCAAUACAGAGCCUUCCCUCCCCGACACUCCCUGGUCCACUUCCAUCUCCAGAUCCACCAGCAGAGCUCCCUGAGCUCUCAAAGAGAUGCCACCAGCACCGAGAGGCUCAGAGGACCCUUUCUCCCCUUCCUUGGAGACGGCUCUUGGAGGAGCGGCUUGGCCAGAAGAAAGGGUGUGAGUGAGACAGCCGGGGCACAGAUUGGGUUUGCCAAACGUCUAAUUACCAGGCCAGGAAUAGUGCCAACCAAGCCACAUGGUAUCCUAGCCGACUUUCCUUCACCUGGUGUCUUGAGCAGGACAUCUCCUGUAAUUACUGCCUGGCCAUGCUGCCCCUGGACCCUUCUGUCCCGACCAGGGAGGUGUCCCUCCCUAGGAACCACACAUCACUCCUUGUCCCUACCAGCUCCGCCCUCCCCCACCCUGGCUUUCAGGGCGACGCCACCCACAGAGUUUUAAUGAGCGUGGGCCUGGACCCUCCCCAGAUUGCUACCAGGUGGCCCCUCCUCAAGCCUCAAAGGCACCUUUGCUGUGGAUGGAAAAGCAGGGGAGGGGAGAGGGAGGCCAUCGGAGUAGGAUUCGCCUCACGCCAGCCCUGGCACCUAGCUGGCCCUGUUCUAGCUGUUCACCUCUCUGAAGUGCCCAUUGUCACCUGCUGGAUCAAGUACUUCUCUUUGUGCUCCUCCAACCUCUCACCUGAGUGUGCUCCUCAGGUCCCAUAGCUGGCCCCGGGCUGUUGCUAUGACUUGUGGCUUAUUCUCCAUUCCUGGGGCCGCUGACGUAGGAGAUGUGUUGCUUUCCACCGCAGGAGAGCUGCCCCCUUCCCACAGGCUGAGGGUGAGUGAGUAAGGGACCCUCCUGGCCCUGCAAGAGCAUAGCUCAGCAUAGCUCAGUGCGGCCCCCGCCGCCCACCCCUCUGAUCCUCUUUCUCCCCAGGGCAUGGCUCCCCUGAUCUUCCAGGAUUGGUCUCUGUGGACUGAUGCUCUGAGGGAGACCUGGCAGUGUGAUUCAGCUCUAGAGAUUAUUGUAUGAUAAUUUAAAACUAUAUCGCUGUUAUUUAAAUCAAGCCCAGCGGGGGUUAAAUUUCAGUUAGACUGGGGAAGCGAGCAGUGACACUUCACGCUCACCUCUUCCUUUCACACACCUAGGCCUCUGUGCUGGUCAUUAUUUAAUGUCCAUUACCUACUUCCCAUGCACUAGACACGCAGAAUGGAAUGGCUUAUGCUUCAAGUACGUAGCCUGCUACGACUGGAAGAGACGUGUGGAAGGACAGGCCACACAGAGGAGAUGGAAAGAAAAAGGAUUUUGUCCAAAAAUAGUUUUAAAACAUUGUUUCUUACAUUCCUGGGCUGUGAUGCUGCCCUCAGGGUUUUCAUGGUUCUGGGAGAGGCGGGCCUAAUGAGACUGGGCAAUUGGGUUUCUGGCUUCAGAUUAAUCAAAGAAGCAGAAGUCAGCUGGAGCAGCAGGACAUGGGCACAGAAAACUGGGGUGCGCUCAGCUCUGAAAAGCUUAAUCAUCUCAAGUGGUAUUUGUGGCCAAGUGGGAGCUAUUUGCUUCUUUGUGCAUAUAUAUGUAUAUACACACACACACACACAUAUAUACACACGCACAUACAUGCGUAUAUACACACAUAUAUACAUAUGUGUGUGUGUGUGUGUGUGUGUGUAUAUUUCUUAAAUGAAGCUGCUUUCUGGUGUUUAACUUCUAAAAGUCCCUUUAUGCCCUGGUUUGCACAGCACUGAUCCCAAGGCAAGUCACAAUCUGCGACUUGGGGCCAGGCUGGACGUUCCUGAGACAGAGUUUGGCUUUAGUUCAGAUUUCAAGUUGCGUUGGCUUUGAGAACAGCGUAAAGCAAAAACCCAGCCACCCCACAGGACUUUAGAGGCCUCCGAGCUGCAUUCCUGUUCAGGACCCUCUGGCUUUGUUCUAGGAGGGGGUUUGGAGGUUAGUUGGGGAAGGCUGACUAUUACACCUAAGUCAUGAGCAUAUCCUCAGUUACUUCCUUCUGGCUUGUUCUCCAAGCUCAUGCACACACACUCCCUUGCUGCAGAAUCACCAGGCACCAGGCCUACUGCUUCCUUCUCUGUGGCUCCAGCUAAGGGAACAGCUGCAGGGGUGUGGGUGGGGGUGGCCUUUGUGCUUGGGCUGGGAGCUGCUGUGCUUCUCCUGUGUCCCCAGCCAUGAGGCAGCUGGUGUGGACUCCAGUUGGGCUGCAGGCAGCUCUGGGACACCAUAGGGCAGGCACUCCUUUGACAAGCUAGUGUGAAACACAUAGUCUUCUUAGCCACCUGGCUGGUCUCUCUGGGAACAGUCCUCUUCCUGGCUGUGUGGUUGGGGACAGCUGCUGACACAGGAAAGAGGAGGUCCCAGGUGAAGCUUCGGAAAUUACUGGAGCCAGCUCUAAGCAGAGAAUUCACUGGGGAGGUUUUCAGAAGGAAAUCAUUGUUCUGCCUGUGUAAAAGGCCAGGUGUGUCCACUGUGGCCCGUCACACAGCAUCUCAAAGCCAAAAGCCAUCAGAGGCUGCUGCUUUUCUUUCUCAGGCUUUGGGAAAAGGAGUUUCCUCUCUGCUCCCACUUGGCUCCAAGUGUAAGGGUGGUUUCAACCUCAUAGGCGUUGGGACUUUCCUACCCUGUCCUUGAUGGACCAACAGUGCUCCUUGCAAUCUCACCAUUUAACUUUCAGGUCAAUUUGCUUCCUGAUCAGAUAUCUGUGUGGCCCCUUUAAGAAAGAAAAGACUAAGCACCUACUAUGUGCCAGGCACUGUGUUAGGCACUUUUAUAUAUACCCUCUUUAGGAUGAGACGAAGAGAUGAGGGCAUCCCUUAUUAAAGGCCCCCAAGAAAUGGAAGAACCAAAACUUAGAGGUGAGAAGGUCUUCAAAAAUCCGAGACAAGAUCGUCUUCAGCGUGAGGUUCUCAAAGACUCAUCAUCCCUUACAACAUCCUCUCGCCUCUAAAUUUCUUCUUUUCUCUCUACCUGGUGAUGUGCUCCUUUGCACUCCUCAAAUGGUGGGAGGAGUAACUUGAGUCCUUACAGAAUUUGUGGACCAAUAGGAUAAGUGGUAUGUGUAACUUUCUUUUAAAAAUGUAAGUAAAGGGGUCUUGCUACUUUCAGCUCAUUGUGUCGUCUUGGCAUUCAUCUUAAAAGCCAGCAUCUCACUAUUUAUUGACAGGUUGGGGUGUGUGUGUGUGUGUGUGUGUACGUGUGUGUGAGCAUGUGUGUGUACAUUUCCAGGUGUGCCCAUGUCCUCCUGCAGCUUUUAAAAAGGAAAUCCAGUCAUCCCACUGCCAAUCCGACAUCCUCUCAUGCUUCUAGUAUUUUGGCUGUACAUCAACAAAGGGUUUUAAUGUUCCAAUGCUGACGUGUUCAGGAGGGGCCGGGCCAAAUUUUGAGGUGGGUCUGGAAAGGGGAGGGGGAGAAGAAAUUGACAUUUAUUUUAUUAUUUAUUUUAAAUGUUUACAUCUUUGUGUUGUACCAAGCCUAAAUGGAAACAGAUAGCAUUAAAGUACUCAGUUCCUCUCUCCCUCUCUUUCUUAUUUUUAAAAACUUUAGGCUAAAGAUGCUUUUUUGUUAUUGUUGUUGUUGUCGUACCUAAAAUGAUGUGUGACUUGUGCUGUAUAAAACGUAUAGAAAGGUUCUGUUCGUAAAGAUGGAUUGUCAUUCCUCCGGGGACAGUGGUCACCAAGAAGUCUACGUCGUAAGAGAAAACAAAAAGUCCUGCGCUGUUCCUUAAAAAUUAUUCUCUCUGUAUGAUUAAAAGUUUAUUCCAGUUA